AUGGAUGCAAUGCUGACAGUCACCUUGUCACCACGUGAAACUUUAUCUAGCAGUCCCACAAUACCCAAGACGAACAAAACGUUCGAGUCUCUGCAAUUGCAAUCCACUCGUGAGACUGUAGUUACUGUACCAGUGGUCUCUACAACAAUCACCCGGUCACCACCGCAACGGUUUUCCGACUUGAAAAUCAUAGAGACGUUAGCACCAGCCCUUUUUGGAGAAGUGUUAUUGUGUCGUGACUCGAAAACCAAUCGCCAACUUGCCGUCAAGCGCGUAGAUCUUCGCUGUGCUCGAGCUCAAGUGACAAUCGGCAAACCGAUCCAAGUGGUCGAAAGCUUGCAACAAGAACGUGCUGUGCACCGUAAACUUGUAGCUGCACAAACCACCAAUUUACUGCUGCUAGAGGAAGAGAUACAAUGUGGUGGCAAUUUGUAUCUCGUUUUUCCUUUCUGCUCGGGUGGUGACUUGUUUGAUGUCGUACGUCAGAGUCCAACAGAAGGUCGACUAUCUGAAGCAAUUGCUCGUCGAUUCCUUCGCGAUAUCGUUUGUGGCUUACUCUGUAUGAAGGAGAAUGGCUUGGCUCACCGCGACAUUUCUCUGGAAAAUGUGUUGUUGGAUGCUAAAGGUGUUUGUUACCUAUGUGACUUUGGUCUUGCAACUCAUCAUGGCAAACUCCUAGCUCCUGGACGAGUCGGCAAAGCUUGGUAUAUGGCUCCUGAAGUCUUUGCAGCAAAGGAGUCAUACGAUCCGUUGGCAGCCGACAUUUGGUCUCUUGGUGUGAUGUUUGCGAUUAUGUUGUCAGGAGCUCCACUUGUCGAAAAACCAACGUAUGGUGACCGUCACUUUCGUGUCUUGAGUCAAGGUGGUGGUAUUCGCAAGCUCCGAUACAUUUUUCCGUGCAAGCUUUCCAAUGUAGCCUUGGAUUUCAUGGAAGAGUUACUAAACAUUAAUCCACAUGAACGUCCGACACUUGAACAAGUAGCUAAACAUUCAUUUCUAUCAUCCAGAUAG